AUGGCUAAGAAAGUGUGGAAUGAGCAGAGCACAGGGAGCCGACUUGUUUCUGGCUUUCUCACUGCCUUACCCAUUACAUUGAUUAGCUUGGCUUCUUGUGUGUCCUAUGCACACUUGAUGGAGCCCAUAGGCAUCGGAGGAAAGACUCCUCCUUUGUCGUUAGCAUUGCUUAGUUCUGCCAGCAUCUUUUCAGCUGGAUUUGGGAAUUUCAUCCACAACGUGAUGUCGCAUUGUCAAUACCUCGUCACCUGCCCGGACAUCACGUUCACCCUUUUCAUGCAGGCGGGGCAGAUCUCAGUGUAUCAUCAGUUUAAAGAACAUCACCGGUUAUCACCAGACCUGCUAGAGCCAACUGCGACCUUUGCAUUGCGUUUGAACGCCUUGCUCUUGGGGCUCCUGUUCUGGGUGCUCGGAAAGCUUCAUGUCAUGGCUGCGCUGCGUUAUCUCCCCUAUCCGGUGGUGGCUGGUUUCCUAGCGAUGAUCGGAGCAGCGGUCAUCAAGGGAGCCUUUAAGAUCUUGUUGGCUGACAAGCAGGGGGAAUCAGAGUAUGUGGCAGUCAUCAUCUCCGUGUUCUUUGCUCUCUGCGUGUUGGGCUUGAAACUCAAGGGGAUUCGAACCAGCCUCAGCGCACCCAUCUUGAUCGUCUCGCUUGUGAGUGUCUUCUAUGGGUGGGCUUUCUGGACUGGAAGAGGCCUGGAAGAACUCGCAGAGGAAGGGUGGCUCUCACCGGCCAGUGGUCACGAGGUGCAGCCCCUACAGAUUUUUCAUCAACCACUGCCAAAUACCUGGUAUGAGUUUGCUCAAGCCUUCUACCUGGCUUGGCCGAGUUUCGAAUCUUUUCUGUUGGUUUUGGUGGCCACCAUCAUGAGAGCCCUGACCAUCAUUGCCAUCGAAUCCGCCUACGCAGAUGAACCCUACUCAGUAGAUGAGGAGAUGUCGUCCCUAGGCCUUGCCACGUUGCUGGGCGGCCUGUGUGGCGGGGUGCCGAUGAAUGCCACGAGCGCCAUGACGGAUUUGAACAAGGAGGGCAUUAAGGGCGACCCGCUGGCUGCCAGAUAUACGGUGGCCAUUAUCACCCUGCUGCACUUGGGGAUGUGGGGCUCUGGCAUUCCAUUGGUGGACUAUCUGCCCAGGUUUCUCCUGGGAGGUCUUCUGAUGCAGAUGGGGGGCGGCAUGCUGAUGGACUGGGCUUUCCUGGUGACCCGCCGGCUUCAAAGGAGUGGCCGCAUGGUGAUUUGGGGCAUGAUCCUGACGUCGUUGUUCAGCGACAUGACCCGCGGCAUCGCCUGUGGCACCGUCGUGGCGCUGGGCUUUGUGAUCAUCCGCUUCUCGAAGCUGGAGGUCUUGAAAUACCACGUGUGUGGGGUGCACUUCCGCUCGGGGGAGUUGUACAGCAGUGCUCAGCGCGCCAUCUUGAAGAAGUACGGAGAUCAAACCGAGGUGGUGGGGCUCACAGGUUUCGUCUUCGAAGGAGUGGCCAUUUCCUUGGCGUUGUAUCUCAAGGAGACCAUCCGACAUCCGGAUGGGGAGAAGCCCAAGAGGUUGAUCAUCGAUUGUGCGGCCUGUCAGGGCAUCAAUGACUCUGCUAUGUCUCACUUGGCCAAAGUUGCGCAAGAUUGCAGAGAUAAUGGCGUGCAGCUGGUCUUUUGCAGUUUGAGUCCUUAUGAUGAGGACUUGCUUCGAAGCUGGGCUCUGGAGGGCGAUGGCUGUCGCAUCGCGGCCUCGGUGACGCAAGCGUUGUCGGAAGCCGAGCGGCAAACUCUGGAGGAGAUGCAGCAGCCGGUGACGCCGGUGGAGAGGACGACGGACGAACCGAGCAAGGUGCGCGCGCUGACGCGCUGGCUGGGACCGGAGAAGGCACAGGACCUGCUGAGCAUCGGCACCUGGUACGAAGUCACCGAGCAGCAAGAGAUCACUUGCCGGGACGAAGUCAUGACCUCCGUCUUCUUGGCGGUUCCCGGGCUGUCGGACGUCCAGAUGGAGGUGCAGACCGGCACGCAGAACCGCCCCGCGAUGCUGCUGCGCACCGCCCAGGGCGCUGUCUGUCCCGCGGAGGCGUUGAUUGGAAGCCACUGCCGUGGCAAGUGGAUUGCAGUGGCUCGUUCCUGCGGUUUGAUGAUCCAUGAGAUUCAACUUCUCAAAGAGGAGACCCGCGGGGCUUUGCUAACGCUGGGGCUCCACCAGCAGCUCUUGGAAUCGGAUCAGCUGUCAGCGAUGUAUACCUUGAGCAAAGGUGGCGGCUGGCGAGGCGUGACCUUCGAUGCCAAGACCAGCAAGCGCCUGUCGAAGACCCUGGGUAGCUUCGGGCCCAGGAAGCGUUCCAGCUACAGCAAGCGGCAGAGCUAUGUGCGGGUGGGCAGCAAGCAAACAGGGGAUAUGGCGGUUCCCAUCACUUCAAGCAGAAGUGUGCGAUUGCCCAGCGAUGAUGGCAACAUACCGGUGGCGGCGGUUUUAGACUUCCAGAGAUUCGUGUCGGACUCGGGGCGCCUCAGCGCGGAGUUUGACGAGGAAGCCAGUCAUCCGGUGGAGGCCAACGAGGCUCCGAACAAGCCCAACAUGAUGCUCAACCGCUACUCCGUGGGCGCAAAUCUGAACAAACUCCAGUCCAAGACUGCCUUAGGAGAACUGCGUUUCAAUCCAGACGACGAUUGA